UUCGAAGCGCAAGUUCUCCGACCGCCGUCGCCUUGCUCCGACUGGUCUCAACCAUGGUAGUGAACUUCGACCGGCGGAUCUCCCGAGUCUACUGUCCGGAUGAUGUUUGAAGAAAGGACGCAUCAGUACCGGAAAUAUGAAUCCCAUGGAAGGCGACCCCCCGGGUGGGGGUCGGACACUGGCGCCGCCGGCUCCGUCGCAGUCGAACCCCGCAUCCGGCGAGAUCAACGACACGUCUGCUCCAGGCCCAUCACCUCUUCCUCCGGCGGAGUUAGCCCCGGGCAUUUCGGCAUCCGGCACCCCAGGAUCGUCGAAGCGAAAGAGAGGGCUUGGCGUCGUGACACCGAAUGCGUGUACCGAAUGCCGCAAGAAACGUGCAAAGUGCGAUGGGAAGAAACCUUGCGGCCGAUGCAAUGCGCAAAAGGAUGUGGAAUGCAAGUAUGAGAUUCCGGUCCGCCAGUCGAAAGAGAACCUUCGCCACGAGAUCGACCGGCUACGACGCCAGCAGCGCAACAAUGAGAGCGUCAUCGGCGCGCUCGCCCGCCCCGAUAUGUGGGAAGAGGUGCUUUCGCGUUUACGCAGCGGUCAGAGCGUUGAAGCGAUUUCAGAAUGGCUUGAGGGAGGUCCGCAUUCCGGUGGCGAGUCCCUCCGUUCUGUAAGCCGCCCUCUUAAUCAUGGAAGCGAUAUUGGUGCCAGCAUAUCUGGAUAUGCUAUAGCGGCACCAGGCAGCCACGCACCGAUUCUGCCCAGUUUAGGUGCGGGGAGCCCAGCUUCCGUUCAUCAGCAUCCCAAUGCCAGGCACGAUGCCCAGCAACAGAGCCACUGGGCUUCGCAUUUUCCGACGGCACCCGCAAGUUCUACUCAUCCGAAAAUUCCGGACGACUGGAAUCCGGAGGCCAUAACGCACGCCCAGUCGCGUGUGGGAUUGUGGGUGGAGGGUCAAAUUCAGGCUCUAGAUGGAUGGAAAAGCCGGGGUUCCGAGCAGGUCCUCCUUCCGAACGUCCCCGAGAUGCAAGUGCCUGCGAGGACGUGGACGACGAUAACGGCGGAUGCGGGUCUUGUUCAGCACCUAUUGGCCCUGUAUUUUUGCUGGGAGUAUCCCACCUUCGCCUCGCUGAGCAAGGAGCACUUCCUUAAGGAUUUCAUGGAGGGCCGGCCUCGAUUUUGCUCGUCGAUACUUGUCAAUGCGCUGUUGGCCCUGGGAUGCCGCUUCUCGAAUCAACCACACACACGAUCCGACCCAGACGACCCGCACACGUCGGGCAACCACUUCUUCCAGGAAUGUCAGCGGCUGUUUGAACAGGAACAGAACCACCACAGCCUCACUACCAUCCAGGCGCUGGGGAUAAUGUCCAUCAGGGAGGCAAGCUGCGGCAGGGAUUCGGAGAGCUGGUUCUACGCGGGUCAGAGCAUUCGACUGGCCGUUGAGAUGGGCCUACAUCGACUUCAGGACGACGGCUUAGAGGACGAUGAGAGCGCAGUCCAAGCAGCCACUUUUUGGGGGGCUUUUGCUUUAGACCACGCCUGGUCUUUGGCAACUGGCACGCUCCCCCAGUGCUCGUGUUUUCCCCAACUGCCACCCAAACCGGCCAUCAUCGACGACAUCGAGGCAUCGUUGUGGAUUCCGUACACGGAUGAUGGGGCCCCCCUCCAGCGGGCUUGCCAACAGCCCUCCAAUGUGCGCUCCGUGUACAAGUGUUUCUGUGAGCUUAGCGAGCUCGUGCAUCAGUCGUUGUACAUCCUAUACUCGCCCGGCCGGCCACUCACUAGCCGAGACUUGCUCAUCAUCUAUACCCAAUACCUGAACUGGUACGACAAGAUCCCUGAGGUGCUACGACUAGGUCAUAACUUCACUCCGGCCGUCUUGUUUGCGCAUAUGUACUAUCAAUUUGCCAUUCUCCUGCUCUUCCGACCCCUGAUUAAACUGCGGAUUAUCGGCUCCAGCAUAUCUCCGCGCGAUGUCUGUUUGCAGGCGGCCGACGCCAUCACCGGUCUCUUGCGCUCAUACGCGCAACUCUACACGCUGAGGCGGACGCCGUCGUUCGUCCCGUACUUUGUACUUACAUCAUCAAUCAUGCACCUGGCCAUUGCAGCGACCCACACAACAAGCGUCGAAAGCAGCAAGGCUGCGAGUCAAGACAGCGGCUCGCCUCACCCAGCUCCGAAGCUGGACCCCCACGCUACCGAGGCGUUCGCACGAGGAAUCGCCGAUCUGACUGAAAUGGCGCCGUGCCAUCACUUUGCUGAGCAGGCACUCAACAUCCUCCGGUUUCUGGCCAAAAAAUGGAACAUUGACGUCGAGAUCAGGACAACCGGGGGCAAUGAGCCUCACCGUUUGGAAUUGCCGGAUUUCGAGCGGGCUACGAGGCCAGUGACUGUGAGCCUCAACUUGUUCGCGCCGAACUUCCUCGAGUCCGACUUCAACUGCACCUGGGGUGCCGGCACAUCGGGAGGCAUUCCUGCGGAGGUGAUGCAGGGCGGCCGGCCCAACACCAGCGCGCGCGAGACAGAUGCGUUGGAGAACCCGCUCUUCUGGCCCUUCCCGAUGCAGGGUCGUCCUAUACUAUCGAACGGGAAGGAGCUGAAGGAGGCUGGCUUCGAGCUGCUUUGAGACCGCUUUUGACGGGUUGCACGAACGAAAGGUGCCACAUCGGGCUUCCUACGUGCCCUCAUUAGUUAGGCUGCAUCUCGCAUUCCUUCGGUUCAGGG